AUGAAUCAAACUCUUGAAGCCAUCAAGUUCGACAGAUCAAAUGUCAGCUUGGAGAUCUUAGAUCAACUAUUGUUACCAUAUCAGACUCACUAUAUUGAUAUUUCAAAUAUCGAAGAUGCUUAUGAUGCUAUCAAAAAAAUGCAAGUCAGAGGAGCACCUGCUAUUGCAAUCGUUGGAUCAUUUAGUAUUGCAGUAGAUGUUACUCAUAAUUUGAAGGGGAAAUCUGUGGACCAUUUGAUAGAGAGGAUUAAUUACCUUAUCACUUCAAGACCAACAGCCGUCAAUCUUUCGAAUGCUUGUAACGAAAUAUUAGAUUUAAUAACUCCUUACAAAGCAGCUACUAUAGAUGAAACUAUCGAAUCCAAGAUCUUUGAUUACGCUGUGAAGUUAUACGAUGACGAUUUAGCCAACAAUAAAACUAUUGGAGAAAAUGGUUUGAAUUUCAUCAUCGAAUCCUUGAAACAGGAAAAUUUUAAGGGUUCUUUUUCAAUUAUGACUAUUUGUAACACAGGAUCACUUGCAACUUCUGGUCAUGGAACUGCUUUAGGGAUCAUUAGAUCUGUUUAUCAAAAAUUGAAUGAAUCCAACACCAAAGAAGAAUUCUUUUUGGACCAUGUAUAUCCGUGUGAAACAAGACCUUACAAUCAAGGUGCCAAAUUAACAACUUAUGAACUCAACUACGAAAAGAUCCCUUUCACUUUGAUUUGUGACAACAUGGCUUCUUCGUUGAUUAAUAAUUUGAAUUCUCCUUCUCCUGUUUCAGUUAAAGAAAAUAAAAGCCCCGUUAAAUUCAUCAUCGUUGGUGCCGAUAGAGUUGUAGCCAAUGGUGAUACCGCUAAUAAAAUUGGGACUUUCCAAUUAUCCACUAUUGCAUCGUUUUUCAAUUCGACUGGAUCUCAUCAAAAGAUUAAAUUUCUUGUUGCUGCACCUUUAACCACUGUCGACUACAAUACCUCAACUGGUGAAGAUAUUGUCAUCGAGGAGAGACCUUCUCAUGAAUUAACCACUUUGAAAGGUCCUAUAGUCGACAAUGAUCAAGUGGGAGAUAAGGUUGUUGUAGGAAUUGCUACCCCAGGAAUUCAAGUUUGGAAUCCUGCUUUUGAUGUCACCCCUCAUUCUUUGAUAGACGGUAUUGUCACAGAGUUGCCUAAGGUCUUCGUGAAGGAGAACGGUAAAUUUACUUUGAAUUAA